AUGUCGAAAAUUAGCAAGGAGCGGAAGAAGGUUGCUCAACUUCAAGAAAUUGAAAAGAGCAUUCAAGAGCUAUGGGAGAGUAAAAAGGCGUUCGAAUCGGAUGCCAGGGAUGACAACAAACCAAAGUACCUCGUCACUUUCCCAUUCCCCUACAUGAAUGGACGUAUGCACUUGGGACACACAUUCUCCGCGUCAAAAUGCGAAUUCGCCGCGGGAUUCCAACGUCUUCAAGGCAAACAAGUGCUCUUCCCGUUCGGAUUCCAUUGCACCGGAAUGCCAAUCAAAGCGUGUGCUGAUAAGCUGAAACGAGAGAUGGAGGACUUUGGAUAUCCACCGAAUUUCCCAGAAGACGUUGAAGAAGUCGUCAAGGAGGAAGUGUCUGCUGUCGAUGAGAUUAUCAAGGAUAAAAGCAAGGGAAAGAAGAGUAAAUUGGUGGCGAAGACGGGAAAUGCCAAGUAUCAAUGGCAGAUUAUGAAGUCGUUGGGUUUGGAGGAUGAGGAGAUCAAGAAGUUCUCGGAUCCAACUUAUUGGUUGUAUUAUUUCCCGCCACAUUGCAUUAAUGAUUUGAAGAAAAUGGGAUUGAAGGCCGAUUGGAGGCGCGCCUUCAUCACCACCGAUGUCAACCCCUACUUCGACUCGUUCGUCCGCUGGCAAUUCAACCUUCUCCGUGCCGCCAAGAAAAUCGAUUUCGGAAAACGAUACACAAUCUACUCGCCAAAAGACGGUCAACCAUGUAUGGAUCACGAUCGUGCCAGUGGAGAAGGCGUCGGACCACAAGAGUAUACACUGAUCAAGUUGAAGGUAUUAGAUCCAAAACCACAGGCAUUGGCUCAUAUCAAAGAGGAUAUCUACUUGGUGGCAGCCACGUUGAGACCUGAAACGAUGUACGGACAAACGAAUUGUUAUCUCCAUCCGGAUAUUCAAUAUUCUGUAUUCUACGCAACGGAAAAUGAGAGUCAAGUGUUUGUGGCGACUGCUAGAUCUGCUAGGAUUAUGUCGUAUCAAGGAUUGACAAAAGAGAACGGAAAGGUUCGAUAUGUCGCUGGACUCGAGAAGAUUGCUGGAGCUAAACUUCUCGGCGCUCCUCUCUCCGCCCCUCUCGCCAAGUACGAAAGAGUUUAUGCUCUUCCAAUGCUCACUAUCAAGGACGAUAAGGGAACUGGAGUCGUCACAUCUGUCCCUUCAGAUUCUCCAGAUGACUUUGCUGCUCUUUCGGAUCUCAAGAAGAAGAAACCAUUGAGAGAGAAGUAUGGAUUAACGGAUGAGAUGGUUCUCCCAUUCGAUCCUACUCCAAUCCUUAAAAUCGAAGGACUCGGAGACUUGGCUGCUGUCGAGAUGUGCUCGAGACUGAAAAUCGAGUCACAGAACGAGAAGGAUAAGUUGGAGGAGGCGAAGAAGGAGGUGUACUUGAAAGGAUUCUACGAUGGAGUCAUGCUUGUCGGAAAGUACGCCGGAAAGAAGACAGCCGACGUCAAGAAAGUCAUUCAGGAUGAUUUGAUUGCCGAGGGUCUCGCCACGAAAUACGUUGAACCAGAGAAGAAAGUAAUCAGUAGAUCUGGAGAUGAGUGUGUCGUCGCCUUGUGUGAUCAAUGGUAUUUGAAUUAUGGAGAGGCUGAAUGGAAGGCCGCCGCUAAGAAGGUUUUGGAGCCAAUGAGAACUUUUAAUGAUGAGACUCGCCGUUCACUUGAAACCACCGUCGAUUGGCUCCACGAGUACGCGUGCUCGCGUAGUUACGGUCUUGGCACCAAACUUCCAUGGGAUACCCAAUAUCUCAUUGAAUCUCUUUCCGAUUCCACCAUCUAUAACGCCUACUACACCGUUGCUCACCUUCUUCAGCAAGGAGCAUUCGAUGGAUCUGUUGUUGGACCAGCUGGAAUCAAGGCCGACCAGAUGACAGAUGGCUCGUGGAGUUAUGUGUUCCUCGGAGAAGUUUACGACUCGAAGACCAUGCCAGUAGAGGAGGAGAAACUGAAAUCUCUCCGAAAAGAGUUCAUGUACUGGUAUCCAAUUGAUAUGAGAGCGUCUGGAAAGGAUCUCAUCGGAAAUCAUUUGACCUACUUGCUCUUCAAUCACGCCGCCAUCUGGCCAACUGACACAUCGAAAUGGCCAAAGGGAAUCCGUGCCAAUGGACAUUUGUUGUUGAAUAAUGAGAAAAUGUCGAAAUCCACUGGAAACUUUAUGACUCUUGAGGAGGCUAUCGAGAAAUUCAGUGCCGACGGAAUGCGUUUGAGUCUUGCUGAUGCUGGAGACGGGUUGGAAGACGCCAACUUUGUGUACGCUAUGGCUGAUGCGGCGAUUCUCCGAUUGUUCAAUAUGAUUGAGUGGAUUAAGGAAAUGAUCGAGCAACGAGACGCUGGACUUCUCCGCAAGGACUCCACCCGAUUCGCUGAUCGUGUCUUCGCCAACGAGAUGAACUCUCUCAUCAAGGUUACCGAACAAAACUACGAAGCCACCAACUUCAAAGAGGCUCUUAAAACUGGAUUCUUCGAGUAUCAAGCUAUCAGAGAUACCUACAGAGAGCUGUGCGCUGGAAUCGAUGAGCCAAUGAGUGAAUCUCUUGUCUUCCGUUUCAUCGAAUCUCAAAUGGUCAUUCUCUCCCCAAUCUGCCCACAUAUCGCUGAAUACAUUUGGCAAUUGCUCAAAAAGGAUGGACUUAUCAUUGAUGCUCCAUGGCCUGCCACUGACGCUGUCGAUGAGAAGUUGGCACUCGGUUCUCGAUUCAUAUCUGACUCGAUGGCCGAGUUCCGUGCUCGUCUCAAAACUUAUAUGGCGCCAAAGAAGAAGGGAGCCAAGGAGAACACAACGCCACCAACUGAGGCUGUUAUCUUCGUCGCUAAACAAUAUCCACCAUGGCAGAAAACGAUUCUUGAUAUUCUUGAGACACAGGCGAAAGCAAACAACGGAGCACUUCCAGAUAACAAAGUUAUUAGUCAGAUGAUCGGAAAGGAGGAUUCAUUGAAGAAAUUCGCGAAGAAAGCGAUGCCAUUCGUCCAGAUGAUCAAAGAGAGAUACGAACAGAAGGGAGUAUCAGCUCUCGCCUCUUCCAGUCCAAUAGAUCAAACUGCUAUCCUCAAUGAGAAUAUUGAUUUCAUUAUGAAUGCUUUGGAUUUGGAUCGUGUCUCUAUCCGACAUACCGAUGAGGAAGGAGUCGACCCGAACUUUGUGGAGACUACCGUUCCAUUGGUGCCGAUGAUGAGCUUCUUGCCACAGAGGCCAAGCGUGAAUCUUGUCUUCCGAAAUGUCCAAAUCUGCAAUGCAAUGUUCGACGUGGUCGUUCCGAUUUGCGACGGCGACACUGUUUCGAUGAUCAUCCGGAAGUUGAGACGUAUCAGCAAGGCUAUCAAGCCGAAAUACGAGGUGACCCUCUGGAGAUACAAGGAUUCGGUAUGGGGAGAUCGUAAGGUGAUCUCAUGCAACAGUCCGUUCGAGGAGAACAUUCAACUGGCCGAUGGAGAUGUGUUCCAUUUGGAGGCUGAUAACAAGAUUACUGUAACUUCUGGAAGUGAAAAGAUUGAUAUUGGACAGACUAUCGUCUACAAGGCCAACGUUCCAGAAUAA